CUCGCCGUUCAAACAGUGGCGGAGUUGGCGUGUCGCUUCUCCUAAAGCAUGCGGACUUACUGCGGAGGUUGUUGACGAGCUCUGCGUGGCUAGCUCCCCCGGAUUUCCACGCCAUUAUCAGGCAGACUUUGCGGACUAAGUAGACAGCAGCCGUCAGUGCCGCGCCUGCGCCAAAUGUUUUGCCUAUGAAGCUGGCAACCUCCGAAGCGGAUACGUCACUAGACAUCCACGAUGGAUCAGCAAUCUGACUGCCUGUCUUACAGACGCAGUAUAACGCAGAGUCGCGUCAUAUAACUACGAAUAAAACUGCUAAAAACGUGCCUUUUCCAAGGUUAUUUGUACAUCGCUAGCUCAUUGGAUUAGCAGAUUUACCGAUGUAGUUGCAACUGUCCCCGCUUGGGGGCGUGCUAAUAUUUGCUCAGCGACUUUUUGUUGAGGUUUGAUCCAAUGGUGUUUCUGUCCAGUAGUGACGUCAUUUCCUGUAGUAAGGGACCAGGCGCGUAUUUUGGCGUUGAAUGCUAAGCUAGCCUGAAAUAAACGUGUUUCUAACGUAAAUAAGUCCCGCUUUGAUGGAGGGCAUUAAUGCCAAGUACGUGUCUCAGAAAAUAAGCAAAACGAGAUGGAGGCCAGUUUCGUACUCGUCCCUGCAACAAGCUGAAGUCUUUGCCACUGGGUCUUGGGAUAACGAGGACAACACGGUUUCUCUAUGGUCGAUUGGGAAUAACGGACUUUCUGGUGGGGAAGAUGGAUAUGAUGGCGAUCCGGAGCUUUUGUGUCAACACAAACAUGAAGGAGAUGUUCUGGAUCUUCAAUUUCUGGACCAAGACCGAGUGGUCACAGCCUCGUCAACUGGAGGAGUUACCAUUUUGCGCUACAACCAAAACCACCAGGCUCUCUCGGUUUCACACCAGUGGCCAAAAGCCCAUCAUUAUCCUUGUGACCGCGCUCCCUGCACCGGCGUGGUGUGCAGCAGUCCUGAGAUCGUCACAGUCGGUGAAGAUGGCAGGAUUAUCGUCUACCGAGCCGACCAGGAAGGAAUCGUUCGGGUCAUAGAGGAAGCAGAUAGCAGCACAAUUCACGCCGUGACUUACCUGCGAACAACAGAGAUCCUGACGGUAAACUCCAUCGGCCAACUCAAGAUGUGGGAUUUCAGACAGCAGAGCAGCUCCCCCUCACAGAUACUUUCCCUGUCAGGCGAUAGAGUCCCAUUGCACUGCGUGGACAGACAUCCCAACCAGCAGCACAUUGUGGCCACAGGAGGCCAGGAUGGGAUGCUGUGUGUUUGGGAUGUGAGACAAGGCAACACACCCUUCUCACUCAUGGAGGCGCACUCUGCCGAAAUGUGGGAAGUGCACUUCCACCCAACCAACCCAGAUCAUCUGUUCACCUGCUCAGAGGACGGCUCGCUGCUGCACUGGGAAACAUCUUCGCCUUCAGACAUGCUUUCCUUCUCGCAAGGUGGUAGAAACAACAGCAUGAUAUCCCGCAGUGCAAUGGCGCCAGCGGGAGGGAACCAGUCCCUCAUUAAUGCCUGGCUGAACGGAGACUCCAGUAAAGGUCGUCUGGAGACAACUCACAUGCUGCCGAGUCAAACACUGUCUGUAAACAGUGUGGACGUACUCGGACAGUGUCUUGUGUGCGGGACUGACGGAGAGGCCAUUUUUGUUAACAGACAGAUCCCAGUUUAAACCAUUUCCAAACUUAUCACAUAAAAGUGCUUACUAUUGUGCAUGAACAAAGAAUUCCUAGAUAAAUAUUUUGCCUUGUUUUGUAUAAAUGUCAAUUGAGUGAUUUUGGAAAAUAAAAGUACUAAAAGUGU